ACUUUAAAAUACUUCAUUGUUGCCUUUUAAUCAUUUGUUUAGGUAUUAUAAACUGAUUACAUGUAUGUUGAAAUUAUCACAUCGAGCGAGUUCAUUAUUUAGAACGACAUGAUCAGUGUUUAUAUUGCGAAAGAAUUUAUAUAGUAACAUGAAUAAAGAAGUCUGACCAUGUCAAAAUCUGUAAUUCAAUGACAGCAUAAUGACGAAAGACGACGAAGCUAACCAAGGGCAAGGCAUGCCUCCUCAAGAUGGCGAUCCCUCUACGUCUGCCAUGGUUCCAAUGCCUGCGCCUGCUUUACCUGAAUAUAUAGAACACGCUAUGCCACCCCCUUCUUACGAAGAAAUAAUGGGUCACCAAACGCAGACAUCAGUUCAACAGACAGUAACAGAACUUCCACCAUUGGCAUACGUUGACAUUAUGCCGCGGCUACUAAAACAUGGAAAUAUUAAAUAUAAGAUUGCACCAGAAUUUGACAAGUUUAGUUUUGUCAUAGAGGCGGCGAAUCAAUGGCUAAGAUCAAAUCCGGGUUUUGCAGUGUGGAAGUGUGAGACAGUGGAAAGAAAGGUUGAUGCCGCACGUGCAGCAGGACAGCCCCCAAUCAUAGAGAUGGAAAAAAUGACAAUUCACCAUUCCACAUUUGGUUUUAAUGUAUUUAUACGCGGAAUAAGAAUGUGGCUUGUAAAGAAAACCGGGCAAGGUCCGCAACAGCAGCUUGGGCUGAUGAAUGUUGUACCAGAAAAGAAGAUAAUUGAAUGGCAAUCAGUUAGAUCUGGAGGACUUUUUAUGAUGGAAGACCCUAUUUACCGUAACACUAUAAUCAGGACACAGAGCUUUGCAACAUACGACGGCUUGAUGGAAACCAUUGCUAAAUUGAAUUCAAAACUUAAAUCUAAUCCUCUGCCAGGGACUGUUUUAAACGUGGAAUGUGCAAUGAUGAAAACCUUUGAAUUUUUGGAAAACUUUAAAGUGGAUCCUGAUUCAACAUGUUACACGAGUGAAGCCAAAAUGAAAAGACUAACACAAAUAUUAAGAAUAUUUUACAUAUUAGGACCUCCAACUGGCGAGGAAAUCUGUCUGAAGGAGUUCCAGCCAGAAAUGACAAAACGACCAACUGCAAUGGGACAACCGGCUUUUCAAUCAUGGCCGGAGUUGAACGGGCAACUUGGUUUUUGGCUGGCAAAUACAAGUGGCAUCCGAGUAGUAAAUAUUCAAGCAUUUAGUGCACGAAUGACCAAAAGAAGAGAAACUGUGGAUAUCAUGACAGAUUGUACAGAUGAGGUUCAAUCAAGUUCCAUGACACGUGAAUAUGUGAAGGUCCUGCGCGUGUUCUUUACGACUGGUUCACCUAUCAAGUCGCAACCAGUUGUUAAUUUUUCAAGCAGAUUGUUUGUCCCAAUAAGAACCGGCAGACAGAUGUUUGAAAGCAUGUCGCAAACUAUGUUUAGAGUUGAAGCUUGGCUUCGUCUCGUAGGACUUCCUAUUUACAAUGUCGAAACCAUUCAGUACCUAUUGAAAGAGUCGAGCGUUGUCGGUGCAGAGCUUGACAAAUGUACAUGGAGUGAAAAUCCGACAGUUGGAAAUUUCUUCGUGACAGCGAUCAGGGUCUAUUUUCCAUGUGCUUACAAUGAACCAGACCCAAGUUUACUACCUCCUCAGCAGUAUUAUGAUUCAGCAUUCGGACCAGGAGCAUCAGGGGGUUGUUGUAGUAUAAGCUAGAUCCGAAGUUUGUUAGGCAGCAGUAACGGAAUGUGUAUCUCGUUUUUCGAUAUUAUGCAUUUAUGUACAAUGCCAAAGGAGAAAAAUAUGGGUUUAUAUUUUUAUAUAUAUAUAUACAUGUACAUUUAUGAUUAGCUGAAAGUUUUUAAAAAUCUAUCUUGUUGGUUCUAAAUGAAGUUUUAUAUUUUUAUAUUCCGGUUAUAUUUUAUUGAAGUAAUGACACAUAUUGUACAACCAAAUUACCUGAAGUAUACUUGUUAUUUUUAUAUCUGAAACAAUCUGACGUGAUCCCCUGAACAUUACACAGGCAAAUUUCACUCACAACAAUUUCACGUGAAUUUAAAUUGAUGUGAAUCUCACGUGAAAUUCACACCAAUUUCACCUAAAACGAGCUUAUACGUAAAACUCACGUGAAAUCAGUUUUUUUGAGUUUCAUAUUUCACAUGAAGAGCAUGUAAAAAAAAUUCAUGUAAAAUUCAAAUAUUUUUUUUUUCAAAAUAGAGUAUUUCAAGUAACAUCUAAACUUUCAAUUUAAUAAAAAUCAUGAAAAAUAUCAAUUUUUGUUUUUGUAAAUUUCACGUGUAAUUCAUGGGAAAAAUUUCACAUCAAAUUCAUGUGAAUCUCAAUUCACGUGCAAUUCACUUGAAAUUUUUCACGUGAGUUUCAUGUAUAAGCUCGAAUGAGGUGAAUCUCACGUGAAAGUUUUCAUUUGAAUUUCAUUUGAGAUUAAUGUGAGCAAAAUUUGCCUGUGUAUAUUUGACUUUACCAAUCUGAUGCCUUCUUGUUUUGUCCUUCAAAAAGGUGUUUUACUGAAAACCAUUAAAUUUCAACAAAAAAGCUUGCUACCAAAUGGUUUAGAUUUAUAUAGAAAUAUAUUUUUAAUUUUCUACCUAUAAGUUUGAAUGUCCCCCCCCCUGGUAUCUUUUUCUUCUCUUUUAGUAUAUUAUUUAAAAAUUGUCAUGACUUUUUUUUUUAAUUGAUAUAUUUAUUUAUAUUGUGUCAGAUUUUGUUUGACUAAAUGAAUUAAACUGCAGUUUUCCAAUCUUCCAAACAAUUUAUUGUAGGAGCAAGACGAUUACCAAAGUACAUUAUUUAGUUUGUUAACAUGUCAGGAUAGUCGUGUUACUUUGUUUUUUAUUACUUUUGUUUUUAUUAUGUUUUUAUGGGUUUUUUUUAAACGAAGAGAAGUAUCCUGGUAAAUGCUCCAAUUUUUUCCACUGCUGAAGUUUAUGAAUAUAUAUUGAUAUCAACAUGGUAAAAUAAAGAUCUGAUUCCGGCUCUUGAUAAUUGCUUGGAGUACAAAAUUUGUUGUCGAACGACAAUAUGGAGUAUUUGAUUGUUUACAUCCGCGUCUUUGAUAAUCGAGGGUACAACUAUCUUAGUAGUCAGCACUUCUGUGUUGACAUGAAUUAUCAUUGAUCUGGUUAUAAUUAUUAAUUAACUGUUAACAAAUUCAUGAGAGUUUAAAAAAAAAAAUAAGGAUCAUUUUCCCUCAGAAAAUAUAGAAUUAUAAAUCCUCGUCCAUUUCAUAUUAUAUUUUGGUCUAUUCAACUGUUUUGUUUCGAGCGCAUCUGAUGAGUCUUUCGUAGACGAAAUGUCCGUCAUGUAAAACUGAUACUAAUGGUGAAUUUAUCGUUUUAUCGACAACAUUCUGUUGCCUUAAUUUCUUACUAUGUUUUAUGUAUUCAGAUUAAGUAUUCAGUGUAACAGUUGGAAAUACAUGUAUCAUGACUAACCUGAAAUGGGAAAUACAUACUUUAUUUGUAUUCCUCAUAAAAUAACUUCAUUCAUAAAACCCUUAUUGGGUUCCAGAGACAACUAUCUUCGAGUUUACAAAAUUUGACUUGCAAAAAUAUUCUACUUUGGAAAAAAGUAACCGUAAAUUAAAAUUUUCAAAUCAGGAGUCACUAUGUCUUCAUAUUUUUGAGAACCAUGAUUGCUACUAUUAUUUCGAGGAUCAUUGCUUGUUUAUUUAUUUUUACUUAUACAUAUGACACUUAUUGAGAUAUUUUCCUUUACAAGUGCAAUCUCUUGACUAUGUUUUUUGCAUCACAUACAUUUAUAUUUUUAGAUUUGUUUUUACUUUUAGUCUUUCAUGCAUUGCGUUUUCAAUGAUGUUUCACAAAUAACUAUUUGUAUGAAGAACCUGUU